AUGCAGCCUCAUGAGGUUAUCAAAGAGGAGCUAGGCACUGUCCUUGAUACUGUCAAUCAUGUCACCCAGGCCGAACACGAACUCGGUUUCUGGAAAGGCGUCAAGCUCUAUCCCAAGGCUGUCUUCUGGUCGGCCUUCUUCUGUAUUGCUGUCAUCAUGCCUGGCUUUGACCCUCAACUCGUCUCAUCUUUCUACGCCUUACCUGCGUUCCAAAAGAAGUAUGGUCAGCUCUACGAGGGGGAGUACAUCAUUCCGGCACCUUGGCAGACCGGCCUGGGUAUGGGAAAUGCUGCUGGGCAACUGGUUGGUGCACUUGCUUGUGGAUGGCCUCUUGAGAAGUUCGGUCGCAAGCGCACUUUGGCGGCAUGCUGCUGCUGGUCUAUCGCAUGGAUCUUCAUGCAGUUCUUCUCGAACAAUUUGACCAUCCUAUGCAUUGGCGAGAUCUUUGCUGGCCUGGGAUAUGGCUUCUACGUCGUUAUCGCGCCCGUCUAUGCCUCCGAUGUUUGUCCAUUGGCUCUUCGAGGUGUACUUACCGCAUCGGUCAACCUGGCAUUUGUCAUUGGACAGUUCAUCGCUCAAGGCACUGCUGCCGGUGUCGAAAGCAGAUCAGACUCACUUGCGUACAAACUUCCAUUUGCAAUCCAGUGGAUCUGGCCUGUAGUCCUGCUGAUUGGUCUUUGCUUCGCGCCCGAAAGUCCUUACUGGUUGGUACGCCAGGGACGUAGAAGCGAUGCAAAGCACGCUCUUGAGAAGUUAACCAGCGGGAAAGAUCGUCCUGACCUUGAAGCAAUGCUUGUCUUGAUUGAAGAAACCGACCUGCUCGAGCGUGAAUACGAAGCAAGUACAACUUACCUCGACUGCUUCAAAGGUACCAACUUGAGAAGAACUGAGAUCUGUACCAUGGUGUACUUAAUUCAAGUGAUUGGAGGCAAUCCUCUCAUUGGCUAUGCGACAUACUUCUUCGAGCAGGCUGGACUUGCUUCUGCCGAUGCUUUCAACAUGGGUGUUGGCAACACUGCUCUUGGAUUCGUUGGUACUUGCUUGUCAUGGCCAUUGAUGAUGAAGUUCGGCCGUCGAACCAUCUACAACUGCGGCAUGGUCGUCAUGACAGUCAUUCUAUUCACCAUCGGUUUCCUUGACAUCCCAAAACAUAAUACGGGAGCAAUCUGGGCGCAAGCAACUCUGAUGGAUAUCUGGACCUUCGCUUAUCAGAUGACUGUGGGUCCGAUCUGCUUUGUCCUGAUUUGCGAGGUCUCAUCUACACGCCUUCGUGGUCGCACCAUUGCCAUCGCCACAGCUGUACAAUCUCUGUUUGGUAUUGUGUUUACGAUUGGUAUGCCUUAUAUGCUCAGCAGUGACGAAGGCAACUGGAAAGGAAAAGCAGGCUACCUAUUUGGCGCUAUCAGUGCAGCUUGUCUCGUUUGGUGCUGGUUUAGGCUGCCAGAAACAUCUGGAAGAACCUUCCAGGAACUUGACAUCAUCUUCGAGCACAAAAUCAGUGCACGCAAGUUUGCAAGCUACGAAGUUUCGCCAGAAAUGCACGAGUUGCCUGAGAUGAAGGCGACACAUGUAUAG